AUUAAUAAAACUUAAAGCUGGAAAACACCCGAUAAUUAAGAUAUUGAGUAGAAUCUGCAGUGCGUCUAAUAAUAUGGCCAGGGACUAUAAAUCAGCAUUUGCUUUGUCUACUUCAAAGUUCUGCUUUUUGAUUGCAAAACAUUUAUAUCAGCAUUUAAUCCAAUCUUUUAAGCACCUUUUCGGUAUCUCCAUCUUUUCGACUACUAUUUUCAGUCAUACGCGUAUCUCUAGUUCAGUUGAACAGAUUUCCUUGAAAAACAAUCUUUGAGCCCAAUUUAGGUCUUCUUUUGUUUUAGUUUAAUUUGUAGGCGCAGCGACUGCUGACCUCACAGCUCCAGAUCCAAUAUCCAUUCUGGGGGUUUCAAUCGCGGAUUUCUACUGUGAAGAGAACAAAAUCUUCGAGAAGCAGAUUGCCCGUGCCAAGAAAGCAACACUGCUUUCCAGAUACACAAAUAUUCGAGUACGCAUCAGCAUCAGAUGCCGCCACACGAUGCUUGCCGCAAAUGCCGGCUACACGCGAGCGCUAUAUGCCGUGGCAUCAGAUAGUUCACUGUCGAUGCUAGGAAGAUUCUUCUGCGAAGCGAACUAAUGAAUGGCCCCCGCGGUCCGUGGACCAAACUUUACUACAGUUUCUUGUAAACAAUCGUAGCGUGUGGUUCGUGUCGCCCUCAACUUGCGCGGAAGAAGUCGCGAACGCAGUGCGUGCAUGCAUACGUGAAUGCGUGAAAAUUUGAUCCGAUUUUUCUUGAAAUUUCCCGCCAACGGAAAUUUUGUGCGGCGUGAGAAGGUGAAUUCAUAGAAAGGUGGGAAAGUCUAGAAAAUCAGGAAGUGUUAAGUGAUAGUGCGUGUAAUAGAAGAUUAGGUGAAGUGAUGCAGUGAUUGAUUUGUGCUCCCUGGAAUUUCUGGCGUGGACGACAAUCCGCUGCGUGUUACCUUGGGAAGUUUGGAUUACUUGUGAUGAUGGAGUUUUGGAUUGAAUAACUCAGAAGUUCAUUUAGGUCAUGACCCUUCGCCAAUCGGAUUCUAAAACGUUAUAUGGAAACAUUAUGGAAGUAAUACCGCGGAAAUGGAUCCACAUUUGAUACCUGCUCUGCUAGCUUAGCACUUAAAUCCAUGAUUUGAUUACUGCUUCGUUCCGUCGCGAGAAAGUUUUGUAAUCCAUUUAUCAGUGUUAGCUCCAAGAAACCCUAGUGUUCGGACAAAACCUGAAGAGUUUCGUCACCCUUGCGUGUAUUAACUAAUAGCAUAGGAAGCAGUAGAGAUUAUCUUGUGAAGCACAUACCGCAAAAUGGCCGGACUCGUCGUCGCCGCUGCCACCAAAAUGCUGCGGCACGCGAGUAAACCGUUAUCGGGUCGAAGUAGCUUCGGCUGUCUCCCAUUAGGAUCUAGUAAUCGUAAUCAUAGUAAUUUUAAACGUACAUUCGCCAUGAAUCUAUUGCUAGUACUUGCGUGUGUUUUAGUCAAUAAUCAUAAUCUUAUUCAAGUUAGUGCAUACGAUAGUCAUGAAUAUCUCCAUCAGCAUCAUUCGAGUGGGCAGACCUACCCCGCAUAUGCUGGAGCCUCAUCACAAAAUCAGAAUACAAUGUCUCUAGUCCUUCCCCACGACACAUAUCCGGGAUUUAGCAUUAAGAAAUUCAGUACAAUUCCCGUCGCGAAUGCCAGCAACGUGGACAAUCUGAAUGGGUUAAAUUAUCGCCUACUUGAAACGGGAUUUUCCAAGUUUUUCACCGUUCUCGAGGAUGGGAUGGUUAUGACCACUGCCGAUCUAUCGCCUCUCGUUAAUCGUCCUGUAAAUCUUGUUGUGGUCGAAGAAACGCCUAACUCCACGGCCACCCAUAAACUUCAGCUGUACAUCAUGAAUCGUAAUGACAUGCUAAGGUUUCCUGGCGCAAGUUUAGAUGUUGCCGGCGAGGUCAAGGAAAAUAAGCCAAGUGGCACUAAGGUUCGGGGUGUGCCUCUUUUACAAGCCAAUUCCGCCCAUCAAUUGAAUUCCAUUAAGUACACUAUCAUCGAUGGAAAUAUUGACGAUGCGUUCGCCCUCCAACAAACUGGAACCGAGGAUCGAAAGAAGUCAAUUACUGUUCGGGCAGGUGAUCAGAGUGGAGUGUAUCUAGUUACAAACAAGCCACUAGACAAGGAAACCAAAGCUGAUUAUGAUAUCUCCGUUCAGGCAUCCGAUGAAGACGAGUUAGAUAAGGCAAUCUCCAGGAUCGCAAUCUCUAUAGUCGACGAAAAUGACAAUCGGCCUGUUUUCUCUGACAACGAGUAUAAAUUUUCGGUGGCCGGCAGUAAAAUUAAGGAUUUAAAUGGAAACUAUACAGUCGCGUGGCAGCGAUUCACCAGCAUCGGAAAAGUUGAGGCUAAGGACGCAGAUGGCGAUAAAGUUGCUUACAAACUCAUCACCCCUAGUAACACGGUCAUCAUUGUACCGCAGACCGGUGAGCUGAUGCUCGUUGACGAACCUGAAAAACCGGAAUUAUUGCUAGAAGUUGAGGCGCAUGACUUGCGAAUUCCAAGCCUAUCUAGCGCAAAACCAGCUAAAGUUCUAAUUGAAUUUGUUGCACCGGAACCGGUUCCGGUCAUAAUGCAACUAACCGAUCACGAUGCCAUCAAUCAACAUUCCCAUCGCCGCGAUAAGAGACGAGUUACGCGCGCGGUUCGUCCUACGAAACGUAUCGAAUUUACGGAAGCCGAUGGUGAUGUUGAGGGUAAAAGUGUCUUUCAGCUGGAAAAGGAAACGGAUCGAGAAACAUUCAAAAUUCGCGAUGAGAAUCCUUGGGUUACGGUUGAACCCAAUGGAGCGGUUCGCGUCAAGAAGAAGUGGGACUAUGAGGAGCUUGGACCGGAGAAAACUAUUGAUUUCUGGGUUAUCAUCACAAAUAUGGGACAUAAUGCUGGCCUAAAAUAUACAGACAAUCAGCGUGUUAUAAUCCACGUAAAAGACGUUAACGAUGAACCUCCAUAUUUUAUAAAUCGUCCGUUACCUAUGCAAGCAGUUGUACAGUUGAAUGCACCUCCGAAUACUCCAGUGUUCACCUUGCAAGCUCGUGAUCCGGAUACAGAUCACAACAUCCAUUAUUUUAUAGUGCGUGAUCGCACAGGUGGUCGCUUCGAGGUUGACGAGAGAUCAGGUGUCGUGCGCACUCGUGGCACUGACCUGUUCCAGUUGGACAUGGAAUAUGUGUUGUAUGUGAAAGCUGAAGAUCAGAACGGCAAGGUGGAUGACCGACGGUUCCAGAGUACCCCUGAAGAACGAUUGUCUAUUGUGGGUGGCAAGCGAGCACCGCAGUUCUAUAUGCCAAGCUAUGAAGCCGAAAUUCCGGAAAAUCAGAAAAAGGACUCAGAUAUUAUUUCGGUAAAAGCGAAAUCAUUUGCGGAUCGUGAAAUUCGCUACACCCUGAAAGCACAAGGACAAGGCGCUGGAACAUUUAACAUUGGACCAACAUCAGGAAUAGUGAAAUUAGCAAAGGAAUUAGAUUUUGAGGACUUGAGACAACCCCACGUUUAUUCUUUAGUUGUAACGGCAACGGAAGAUUCAGGCGGCUUCUCAACAUCCGUGGAGCUGACCAUUCGUGUAACUGAUGUGAAUGACAAUGCGCCGAAAUUCGAAUUACCCGAUUAUCAAGCCCAUAACGUGGACGAGGACAUCCCCCUUGGAACGAGCAUAUUAAAGGUCAAAGCAAUGGAUUCGGAUUCAGGAGCAAACGCAGAAAUUGAAUAUCUUGUGUCGGACGAUCACUUUGCAGUCGACUCCAACGGCAAUAUUGUGAAUAAUAAGCAGUUAGAUGCGGAUAACAAUAAUGCCUAUUAUGAAUUCAUUGUAACGGCCAAGGAUAAAGGUGAGCCGUCGAAAACAGGCACGGCAACCGUCCGUGUGUAUACGAAAAAUAAAAACGACGAGGAGCCUAAAUUCUCACAGCAGGUCUACACACCAAACGUGGAUGAAAAUGCCGGGCCAAAUACGCUUGUUACUACGGUGGUAGCUUCUGAUAAGGAUGGUGACAAUGUCCGUUUCGGAUUUGUAGGCGGCGGAACGAGCUCCGGUCAAUUUGUCAUUGAGGAUAUUACGGGCGUAAUUCGAUUGCACAGCAAAGCGAUUUCAUUGGACCGUGACAAGUACGAACUGAACGUGACCGCCAUGGAUGACGGGUCCUGUUGCGUGAAUGGUGAAUCGACAAUUCAUACGUCGACAGCUGUCGUUGUUGUGUUCAUUACGGAUGUUAAUGACAACAAACCUGUAUUCAAGGACUGCGGGACGUACUACCCUAAGGUAGAGGAGGGCGCACCUAAUGGAAGUCCUGUGAUUAAGGUCCAAGCGACAGAUGAAGACAAGGGCGUUAACGGACAGGUUAAAUACUCCAUCGUACAACAACCGAACCAAAAAGGAACUAAAUUCACAGUUGAUGAAGAAACGGGAGAAGUAUCAACAAACAAAGUUUUCGAUCGAGAGGGUGAUGAUGGAAAAUUUGUAUCAGUCACCGUAAAGGCCACCGAUCAAGGAGAACCAAGUUUGGAAGGCGUCUGCUCCUUCACCGUUGAAAUUACAGAUGUAAACGACAAUCCACCACUUUUCGAUCGACAGAAAUAUGUUGAAAAUGUUAAGCAAGACGCUAGCAUUGGUACCAAUAUCCUCCGAGUGUCAGCUUCUGAUGAAGAUGCUGAUAAUAAUGGCGCUAUUGUUUAUAGUUUGAGUGCCCCGUACAAUCCUAAUGAUUUAGAAUAUUUCGAUAUUCAAGCUGAGUCGGGAUGGAUUGUAUUGAAAAAACCGUUGGACGGGUGCUACCCUCGAGACAGAUAUCGAUUGAAAGUGCAUGCUUCGGACAAGGGUGAUCCAGUGUCGUCGACAGAUGUCGAUGUCGAACUCGACGUUGUCGAUCGAAAUAAUAAACCGCCGAUUUGGGAAAAGAACGUGUAUGGCCCCAUUUACAUAAAAGAAAAUGUCACUGUUGGUACGGUUGUAACAUCGGUUAAGGCAAGUUCGGGGAUAGAAGGAAAUCCGACAGUUUUUUAUCGGCUAAUGCCUGGUUCGACAGCUCAAACGAACAAGUUUCACACGUUUUACCUUCAGCAGAGACCGGAUAAUGGCGAUACUUGGGCUGAUAUUAAAGUUAAUCAUCCGCUGGAUUAUGAAAGUAUCAAGGAGUAUAAUUUGACCAUACGAGUCGAGAACAAUGGCGCCCAGCAGCUAGCAUCCGAAGCUACAGUCUAUAUAAUGCUUGAAGACGUUAACGAUGAAAUACCAUUAUUUACAGAACGUGAACAGGAAACGGUGUUGGAGGGCGAACCGAUUGGUACAAAAGUUACACAAGUCAACGCUAUCGACAAGGAUGGAACAUUUCCAAAUAAUCAGGUCUACUAUUACAUCGUUGAGUCACCCCGUAAUGAAGGCAAAGAAUUCUUCGAAAUCAAUCUGCAAAGCGGUGAAAUCUUCACGAAGGUGGUAUUUGAUCGGGAGAAGCAGGGAGCAUAUGCACUCGAGGUUGAAGCCAGGGAUGGAGCACCGUCAGCACGGCCGAAUAGUAAUGGACAACCAAAUUCAGUGACAAAGUUCAUACGAAUUGGAAUUGCUGAUAAGAACGAUAAUCCACCCUAUUUCGACAAAUCCCUAUACGAAGCCGAAGUAGACGAAAAUGAAGACAUUCAACACACCGUACUUACUGUUACCGCCAAAGAUCACGAUGAGUCCUCGCGUAUUCGAUACGAGAUCACAAGCGGUAACAUAGGCGGUGCCUUCGCAGUAAAGAAUAUGACGGGCGCCAUUUAUGUCGCUGGCGCUCUUGACUACGAAACAAGGCGAAGGUAUGAACUUCGUUUAGCGGCAUCCGAUAAUCUUAAGGAAAACUAUACAACGGUGAUAAUUCACGUGAAAGAUGUUAACGAUAAUCCACCUGUAUUUGAACGGCCGACAUAUCGUACUCAAAUCACCGAGGAAGAUGACAGGAAUCUACCCAAACGUGUUCUACAGGUGAUGGCAACAGAUGGUGAUAAGGACAGGCCACAAAAUAUUGUAUAUUUCUUGACGGGACAGGGCAUUGAUCCAGAUAAUCCUGCCAAUAGCAAAUUUGAUAUAAAUCGGACCACUGGCGAGAUAUUUGUGCUGAAGCCCCUCGAUCGAGAUCAGCCCAAUGGACGACCUCAAUGGCGUUUUACCGUAUUCGCACAGGAUGAAGGAGGUGAAGGACUCGUCGGCUAUGCCGAUGUCCAAGUGAAUCUUAAGGACAUCAACGACAAUGCACCAAUGUUCCCGCAAGGAGUUUAUUUCGGAAAUGUUACUGAGAAUGGUACCGCUGGAAUGGUAGUUAUGACAAUGACGGCUGUGGAUUAUGACGAUCCGAACGAAGGUUCCAAUGCUAAGCUAGUAUACUCUAUAGAAAAGAAUGUGAUUGAAGAGGAAACAGGUUCCCCAAUUUUCGAAAUAGAACCAGAUACUGGUGUGAUAAAAACGGCAGUCUGUUGCCUGGAUCGCGAGCGUACCCCAGACUAUUCUAUACAAGUAGUUGCAAUGGACGGCGGAGGGUUAAAGGGUACUGGGACGGCCUCGAUACGUGUGAAGGAUAUAAACGAUAUGCCCCCGCAAUUUACUAAAGACGAAUGGUUUACCGAGGUGGAUGAAACGGAUGGCACAAACUUGCCCGAAAUGCCUAUCCUUACGGUCACAGUACAUGAUGACGAUGAGACAAAUAAGUUCCAAUAUAAGGUGAUCGACAACAGUGGAUACGGAGCUGAUAAAUUUACAAUGGUGCGCAACAAUGACGGAACUGGCAGCUUGAAAAUCGUCCAACCCCUUGACUACGAGGACCAACUCCAAAGCAACGGCUUCCGAUUCCGUAUACAAGUCAACGACAAAGGUGAAGAUAAUGAUAACGACAAGUACCACGUGGCCUAUUCUUGGGUGGUAGUGAAAUUACGCGAUAUCAACGACAAUAAACCCCAUUUCGAUCGAGCUAAUAUUGAAGUGUCUGUAUAUGAAGACACCAAAGUUGGAACAGCCUUGGAACGAUUCAAGGCCACUGAUCCCGAUCAGGGUGGUAAAAGUAAAGUUUCCUAUUCAAUCGACAGGUCUUCCGAUCGACAACGACAAUUUUCAAUUAAUCAAGAAGGUACGGUUUCGAUACAACGUUCGCUAGAUCGCGAAGUCGUGCCUAGGCAUCAAGUGAAAAUAUUAGCUAUUGAUGACGGUGUGCCGCCAAAGACUGCUACAGCUACACUCACCAUUAUUGUACAGGAUAUUAAUGAUAAUGCACCUAAAUUCUUGAAGGAUUACCGACCUGUUCUCCCUGAACAUGUUCCACCACGUAAAGUUGUCGAAAUAUUGGCGACAGACGAUGAUGACCGAUCAAGAAGCAAUGGUCCACCAUUCCAGUUCCGGUUGGACCCUGGAGCAGAUGAUAUUAUUCGAGCUUCAUUCAAAGUUGAACAGGAUCAAAAGGGUGCUAAUGGUGACGGUAUGGCAAUUGUUUCAUCCCUACGUUCAUUCGACCGGGAACAGCAGAAAGAGUACUUAAUACCAAUUGUUAUUAAGGAUCAUGGAAGUCCUGCAAUGACAGGCACAAGUACACUUACCGUAGUUAUAGGAGACGUCAACGACAAUAAGAUGCAACCCGGAUCAAAGGAAAUUUUCGCUUAUAAUUACCAGGGACAAGCUCCUGACACACAAAUCGGACGAGUGUACGUAUACGAUUUGGACGAUUGGGACUUGCCCGAUAAGAAAUUCUAUUGGGAGGCGCAGGAACAUCCUAGAUUCAAAUUAGAUGAGGACUCAGGAAUGAUAACUAUGCGGCAGGGCACUCGGGAGGGAAGAUAUCACUUAAGAUUCAAAGUGUACGAUAGGAAGCACACACAAACGGAUGUUCCGGCUAACGUAACAGUGACGGUACGAGAAAUUCCUCAUGAUGCGGUUGUAAAUUCGGGAUCGAUAAGGAUAUCCGGUAUAAGUGACGAAGACUUCAUAAGAGUGUGGAAUUACAGGACGCAAAGUCUGUCACGGAGUAAAUUGGAUAGAUUCCGGGAUAAGCUGUCUGACUUACUGAAUACGGAUCGCGAAAACGUCGAUAUAUUUAGUGUACAGUUGAAGCGGAAGCAUCCCCCUCUAACCGAUAUUCGGUUCUCCGCCCAUGGAUCGCCAUACUACAAGCCAGUGAGGUUGAACGGAAUCGUGUUAAUGCACCGCGAGGAAAUUGAAAAGGAUGUAGGAAUUAACAUUACUAUGGUUGGAAUCGAUGAGUGCCUCUACGAAAAUCAAAUGUGCGAAGGAUCCUGUACAAAUACUUUAGAUAUUAGUUCAUUACCGUACAUGGUGAAUGCAAAUAAGACCGCCUUGGUUGGAGUCCGAGUAGAUACUUUAGCGGAGUGUACGUGUGGUGCUAGAAACUUUAGUAAGGUAGAAUCAUGUAGGAAUACUCCUUGCUACAAUGGAGGACGAUGUCUGGAGACCAGGUACGGACCACACUGCUCCUGUCCCGCUGGAUAUAGUGGUCCAAGAUGCCAGCAGACAACUAGGAGCUUCCGGGGAACAGGAUGGGCGUGGUACCCUCCACUGGACAUGUGCGAUAGUUCUCACCUCAGUUUAGAAUUCAUAACACGUAAGGCGGAUGGACUAAUUUUAUAUAAUGGGCCUAUAGUUCCUCCGGAAAGAGAUGAAAUGCUAAUCUCUGAUUUUAUAUCGCUCGAGCUCGAAAGGGGUUUCCCUAGGUUGUUAAUUGACUUCGGAUCGGGCACUUUGGAGUUAAGAGUGAAAACAAAGAAGACAUUAGACGAUGGGGAAUGGCAUCGAAUUGAUCUAUUUUGGGAUACUGAAAACAUCCGAAUGGUAGUCGAUUUCUGCAAAUCUGCGGAUGUAUCUGAGAUGGAGGAUGGUUCGCCUCCCGAAUUUGAUGACUCGUCCUGUCAGGCACGAGGUCAAAUACCUCCUUUCAAUGAGUACCUGAACGUGAAUGCACCUUUGCAGAUAGGAGGCUUGUAUCGUGAACAAUUCGACCAAUCUCUUUAUUACUGGCAUUUUGCACCUACGGCGAAAGGAUUCGAUGGAUGCAUCCGAAAUCUUGUUCAUAAUAGUAAAUUAUAUGAUUUGGCUCAUCCAGGUUUAUCCAGAAAUAGUGUGGCGGGAUGUCCGCAAACGGAAGAAGUUUGCUCGCAAAGUGAACAGACGGCUCGUUGUUGGGAGCACGGAAGCUGUGUGGGUAGUUUUAGUGAGGCAAGAUGUCAAUGCCGUCCUGGCUGGACUGGUCCUGCCUGCAAUAUAGCUACAAUUCCGACUACGUUCAAACAGCAAAGUUAUGUGAAAUAUGCUCUAAGCUUCGAACCCGACAGAUACAAUACUCAAAUUCAAUUACGAUUCCGCACUCGGGAACAGCAUGGCGAGCUGUUCCGUGUCAGUGACCAACAUAACCGAGAAUAUGGAAUCCUCGAGAUCAAAGAGGCUCGUCUUCAUUUCCGUUACAAUCUCAACUCGCUGAGAACGGAAGAACGUGAUCUUUGGUUGAAUGCCAUUACCGUGGACGAUGGGCAAUGGCACGUAGUUCGAAUCAAUCGAUACGGCUCGGCAGCAAUAUUAGAGCUGGAUGGAGGCGAAGGACGUCGUUAUAAUGAAACAUUUGAAUUUGAAGGACAUCAAUGGCUGCUCGUGGACAAGCAAGAGGGAGUCUAUGCUGGUGGCAAGGCGGAGUACACAGGCGUGAGGACAUACGAAGUCUAUGCAGAUUAUCAGAAAAGUUGCCUGGAUGAUAUAAGGUUGGAAGGCAAACACUUACCACUACCGCCAGCUAUGAACGGCACACAAUGGGGUCAAGCAACAAUCAAUAAGAACCUGGAGCGAAAUUGCCCGUCGAAUAAGCCAUGCUCGAAUGUGAUAUGUCCUGACCCAUUUGAAUGCGUUGACUUAUGGAAUGAAUAUGAAUGCACUUGCGGCGAAGGACGAAUAAUGUCACCGGACGGUAAAGGGUGCAUGGAUCGCAAUGAGUGUUUGGAUUUGCCGUGUUUGAAUGGUGCAACCUGCAUUAACUUGGAACCAAGAUUGCGCUACCGUUGCAUAUGUCCGGAUGGUUUCUGGGGCGAGAAUUGCGAACUAAUUCAGGAAGGACAAACUUUGAAAUUGAGCAUGGGAGCGCUUGCAGCGAUUCUUGUUUGCCUACUAAUCAUACUGAUUCUAGUCCUGGUGUUUGUUGUUUACAAUCGACGUCGAGAAGCUCACAUUAAAUAUCCUGGACCCGAUGACGAUGUCCGAGAGAAUAUUAUCAACUACGACGAUGAGGGUGGUGGCGAGGACGAUAUGACGGCGUUCGAUAUAACACCUCUGCAGAUACCCAUCGGUGGACCGAUGCCAGAUAUGGCACCCUGUAAAAUGCCAAUUAUGUAUCCUGUAAUGACAUUAGGGGCAGGGCAGGAGCCAAACGUUGGAAUGUUCAUCGAGGAGCACAAAAAACGAGCAGACAGUGAUCCAAACGCGCCACCAUUCGAUGAUCUAAGAAACUAUGCCUAUGAAGGAGGCGGCAGUACGGCAGGAUCGUUGAGCUCACUUGCUUCAGGCACUGACGAUGAAAAUCACGAAUACGAUUACCUGGGCAAGUGGGGGCCACGGUUCGACAAAUUAGCCAACAUGUAUGGCAAUGACGUACCCCAAGAAUUGGAGGAGUUGUAAGUCUUUUUCGAAAUUUGUAUGCCAAUGAAACCAAAAGGAAACUAUGAUUUUAAAUAACGAACGAAAACUUAAAUAUACACAAAGAACGUAUCAAUUACUGCAUUGGUGAAAACACUUACCUAGAAAUAUCACAACGUUGCGAAGCUACUCCUUACCAAAGUAUUCACCUUUAUAUACUCUAAGAAUGUGAAUAUUUCACUCGUAAGCAUUGUAUUUAACAUCAUCGUGAAUUAUUUAUAAAAUUCUACGGCACGAACAAAAUUCGCCUAGACGAAAAACUAACUACAAAAGCAACAGGUGAACACCGUUUCAAUUAAAUAGGAGAUUGACUCUUAUUCCAUUGUAAAAGGAAAAAUUUAUAAUUUAAAAUCUAUAUUUAAAUGAAGCAGAGACGUUUAAAAAUAAUAUAUAAAAACUAGAAGUGGGGAUUAGUUUUAUACUCUCUAUAAAAGUUAAUAGGAAUAAUGAAAGUCAAUAUGUAACUUGAAAAUAAUCAUUAUUGUACUAAAAACCAAAAAUUAAUCCUAAUAUUUGAAGGCUAAAUCAAAGUGGAAGGGAUGCGAAUAGAAUGAUCAACGGAGGGGAAAGUAAUAGAUUUCCAGAAUGACAAAAAUACCCAUAUUUUAAAUAAUUAAGUUAAAUCAUAAGCAAGUACCUACUGUAAAUGUAUAACUAUAAACUUACCCUUAUAAACGUAUUAGAAUUUAUAUGAAUAUAUAUAAAUUGAAACUAGGUCGAAUGCAAUUACAAAAUAAAUCCAAACAUGAUGUACUCUUCCUGUAGUACUAAAGACGAAUAAAGGUUGAUUUUUUUUUAAACAAAUAAAAAGAAUAAAUAAACUUAACGUAAACUGGGGAUAUUCAUUUUGUCGUAACUGUAAUAUCCAUAAAAUUAAAAUCAGAAAAUUAUGGCGACGCUCUCGUGAACCUAAAUGGCGAGUAACAUAUUUAUAAAUAUUGUUUAGAAUUUAACGUAUCCAAAGACUGUUUCUGUUCCAUGAGUUGAAAGGCAAAUAUAUAAAUGGAAUAUAUUUAUAAAAUGAGAAAAUCCAAAAAACUAUAAUACAAUGAUAAAAUAAAUAUAUAUUUGAGAGAGAAUAUGUAUAAACCUAUAGACAAACUAAAAAUCGGUGGAACGACGGUUUUUCAACUGAAAAGGUCAAAUAAUUUAAUUGAAACUGGUUAACUCAUUUUUUAAUUUAAUUGUUAUAUGAAACUUCCCAAUAUGCAAUAUGUUUUCAAUAUGAACAGCCGUCAUUUUCCAAGUCACAAUGUUUUCAAUAGAGUGCACUUAAUGAAUUAAGUUUUAUUUAUUAAUUUUUAAGAAGAUGAAGGGGUUCUAAACAUGCCAACCUGAUUAAAAGAGUGUUAUUAGGAAGUUAGGCUUUCACUUUAAUACAAGGUUUCACCGCUUUGUUUCAGCGUAAUUCAUUUUCUUUAUCUUCUAUUCAUAUCUGUCAGGUUCAAAUCUUUCGCAACUUUGUCUUUAUGGAGGUUGAAUGAUUAAAGAUUAUCGUAGAAAGGCAAACAACUCUAACUUAAAUUCCAUGGCUUUGUUCGUCCCAAUGUAAAAUUAUGUCGUUUUGGUGAAAAUUAGGUCUAACCCAAUAAUUUAUAAUAUAAUACACUCUCCCCUUUGAAAAAUCAAUUGUUUUUCCGUCCCUUUUUUUUAAUGUAAAAUAUGAGCUAAAACAAAACUACACAAAAUUAUAAUUUGCCACCACAAAACAAUACUAGACUGUCUUCUCUUUCUACCCUAUUUCUACUAUAAACUUUUCUAUACUCGUACACGUACAUAAACACACGUACAUACAUACAUAUAAAACAAUUUUUACAAAAAAAUACCAAAAAGGAAAAAAACGAAACAAGAAAAAUAACACUCACGUAACCCCAUAUUAUCUGAAGUCAUUAAUGCGAAAAUCCAUUUAGUACUAUUAUAUAAUUUAGUGAACUUAGAGCAAUUUAUAAUGUAAAUAAAAUAGAUGAAAUAUGGAAUGAUAUAAAGGGAAAGAUAAACGAUGAAGAAUUUAUUCACUAUGAAAACUGAAAACAGAGAAUCUAGUUACAGAACUACUACAAAACAGUCGAAAAACAACUGAAUUUGCGCAAUAGAUAUUUGUGGUAAAAACAUUUUUUUAACAUAAGGAAUAUAGUAAAAGUUUUCCAAAAUUCCCGGAAAAAGUUAUUAUGGAAAAACGAAUCCACUCGCAAAAUUAACAACAACAAUUAAAACCAGACGAGGAAUCAACAGUAUUUUUAAAUCUGAUCAUACGAAACUAACGAAGUGAAAAUGUUAAAGAGUUAAGUACUUUUUAAAUUCAAACGACACUAAUAUAAUUGAAAUAUCUUUAAUUACAUUAAAGAAGUAUUGAAUUUUUAAAAUUUAGAAAUAUGUAAAAAAGUGAAAUUUUUACAUAAAUUGAAAAGAAAAGACUAACGAAACUUUAUGGUAGUUUCGUGCGUUCACUAAAUGUAUGUAAAUUUCAUUAUCAAUUGACUCAUUUUAUCACUAUUUUGAAAGAAUUGUGUUUCUAAAAAUAUCGUUUGGUUUUCAAAAUUUUAAUUUCUGUACUUAUUUAUAAUCAAACCAUUACGCUCAAUAUCAUCUCUGAUUAGAUAUUAUUAAAGUAUAAAAGAAUCACUAGCUAGAUACGAGUUAAUUAUUGUUGCGGAUUUCAAAGCUUUUUAUCGGUCAUCUAAGUGGCAUAGAUAAAUCAUGUAUCGAAUGGAUUUGAGACGUGUUAAGUUAAACUUCUACGACUUUCAGGGAUGCCCCCGAAUAUGGAUCGAUUUGUCAGGUAAUAUUCAAUAAUGAAAAUUAAGUUUUGAUGUGAGUUUUGGUGCACUCCGCAACAUUCUAUAUGAAUUUCCAGAGUAUUUUUUUUGUUAGUAAUGGUUGAGAAUUUUUCAAACUUCACAAUGGCAUCUUUUCACAUCGUUUGGCAAAAUGGGAAAUUGACACCUUAAUACAAUGCAACAUCUGGAACUAGCGACAGUGCAGAUACAUAUGAGAUCUAAAAUUAUUCAUUAUUUUGGCUCAAAUAUGAGUCACCAUGGAGGAUAUUUGAUCUAAACCGCUGUUAAUUUAUAAUUAAUACAGCUGUUCCUCCUUUGUUGAAACUUACCCCAAUUGAGAUACAUUUCAAUGGAACUGCUAAAAUGAUACUUUUAUACACGAUAACAUAAACCCAAAGUUCCAGAAAAAGGUUUCCAGUCGUUUCAUUUCGCGUGUGAAAGGUUUUAGUUUUAUUAUAUUCUACUACUAAAUUCUAAACAUACUACAACAAACUACGUAAGAUAAGCCUCUAACCCUAUUCUGUUUAGAGGCUAACGUAGUUGAAUGGCUCCCUCUGUACCCGGGACAGUAGCUCAGGUAUUCAUGAUGAGCAGGCUCUGUGGAUUUGCGUUUGAGGUAUGCGUGCUCUCCACGAUCGUCCUUAAAUGAAUGUCCAGGAUGUGCUUCAGGGUCUUCAACACGAAAGAGACGAGGCUGAUAAGCCGAAAAUCCUUUACGCUCUCAUGGCCGCGCCUGCCCACUUUUGGAUCAUAAAUUCAAUACUUGACGAAUAGAAGAGAAAAGUAGAUAUAAGUACCUCAUCCGGUCAAACUGACUCCCUGGUGAUGAGACGUCACAUAUGCGCUAAGAUAGAGAAUCGAAUCAACAUUGCUUAUUACUGAAUAGAUUAAAUUUCAAAGCCGAAUUCUAUUUCAGAACUAUCGCAGUAAAAUAUUUCUGAAUAAUUCUGCAUGAAGAAACUACUUCUCAUCUUUGAAAGAAAAGCGUAUUGUGGAAACUGAACUUCAUAAGCUAGCAAAGGAAACUUUCUAUUUCUUUGAAAUUCAGAAGGCGCAAAUUGAGCUGCAUAUUUAACAAAAAUCUCACAGUACCUCUCUCAUAAGUGCCUAGAAACAUAUACUAAAAAGAAUCGAGGUAAAGACAUCCUUUCAUCGUCUUUAGUUCUUAAAUUGUUGCUGGAAUCUGCUUCAGCCGACAGCAAUUGCAUUACUUGCAUAGUGAAUUCUACGAAGCAUUCGACAACUUCAUACACUAGCCACUCCUUACGAUUUCUGCAAAUAUACGCUGUCAGAAGCCACGUCUUGUUCAGUGUUCCCUCACAGUGCCCUCGCUUAUAGGUACCCUACUCAAUACCUAAUUCCAAAACGAACAACCAACUCCUUCGUUAGUUAGCAUGUCCGUUUCCCUAUUCCAUUGUUAACCUUUUGCAUGCAUGUCAUCUAACCAGGUUUCCUGAACGCGAAAACAUGAAGGAUGUUAAACUGUUGGGUUAAAAACUCAUUAGAUUCCAGUAUCUACCGAGGGAAGGAGGAUAACACUGGAAAGCUACUUUUGAAAAUCAGAACCACUCGUAUUCCACGAAAUAUCCACCAAUUUGAAUCCUGCGAGUAUAGCAUUCCCCACUACACUAUAUCACUACAAAUUAUGGUAUGUUCUGCACAUAUCCUCCUCUCUCGCAAACAUUUUACGUCGGAAGGACAAUCGUAUUGCUCAGUAUGCAUUCGUUGCCCUUAAUCCUCUUUCAAACAAAGGGAAAGUGCAUAGAAGGUACAAUGGCUUCAAAUGUGUUGUAUCCGACAAGACAAAAGGCUCAAAAUCCCCGGUAGAGUACCAACAAACUAGACCUAGUUCUAUAAAUCAGGCAUGAAUUUACUGAGAAAGCUAGCGGGCUCCACGAAUGGCUGUUCAUGACGAUCCUAUGGUUAUAUUCAAAAAUGUGUUCAGCUGUUACUAUUCAAUCCUUUCAAUUUGUCCAAACCGUAGUCUCUCUGGAGCUCUGUUCUGGAAUAAGCUCCAGUGGCACGUGUAUUUGUCUAAACGUCUCCUCGAAAAUAUUGGGGAUGAAUUUGUACAAGUUUCUCCAGCUCAUUGCAACCACUCAAAUGCGUUACGUUUCUGUGUAAACACAUUAGUGUUACAUUGCCUUUCUAGACUGGAAUAAAAGAGCCACACGCCUAUGGUCUCCAUUAAAAGCCCAAACCCAAUAAACACAUCUCUUUAUUCUCCCAUUACUCUCUUUCGGCUACCAGGAUAAAUCCUUUUAUAACAUCCAAGCCAAGUCCAAGUCCUUAACUAUAUAUAUUAUUAUUUCAUCAGGAGGGAUUACGGUGAAUAAGGUUCUGAAGCUGCCACAUAAUACAUGCAUGAAUUGUGUCGAUCCUUUUGUGAACAAAUGAUAAACAAAACAAUGGAGCAGCUACAAUAAAUAGAUUAAUUUCUUAGUGCUUGUCGAUGGCAAAGGCCUAGCAAGGGGCUCAAGAACACUAAUCCUUGCUUAACGUUCUUAUAUUGUGUAUGCAUGUAAGGAUGGCUUACCAAUGAACCUGGUGGAAAGGGGUAUUAUGUAUACACGCCUCCAACUGAUCCUUCAUAUAUGGUGCAUAUGAAUAUAUCUGUAUCUGCUCAUUGUUUAAUAGAGAGAAAAAUACUCAGCCAUUUUCGUGUUGUCUGCUUGUGAAGAAAUAAAAUAACCAACGACGCGUUUAAUGGAGCAGAAACGUAUAUCUCCGAGACUUUGUUGUUAAUUAAACCUUACACGGAUUAAAUCCUGCAUUUAUCGAUAUCAAUUACUCUAUUUCUGCCCCCAGGAGGGAAUCUUCUCAAAUAUUUCUUCAUAUUGCUCCCUUUCCACAUAUUGAGCACAUCGUAUCUGUCUAAAUACGUACGCGAACGUUGACUACGCAUUCAUUUCAUAGAAAGAGCAGGAGAAAAUACAUAUAACCGAUAAUUUAUUCAAUCAAUUCACAGAAUGUCUAUCGAAUAAAAGCAACGGCAAAAGAGCGCAAAGGAGAUCAAAAUCCUUCUAUUUAUCAUAAUGGCAGAGAUAUACAGCAUAUAGGACUGUUUCUGUAUUUCCAAUGGAAAUCAUUGUCGACUAUGUGCGUCGUAUGUUUGCUGGGUUGUUGAGUGAAAUCAAUAUCCUGUUCAGUCCGACCCCAUAGCAGAGUGUAUCGAUCAACCCAGAAAAACGAAACAUGACUGCUUACACACCAUAACACAGUAAAUAUACUACCAGCUUACACGCGAUUUCUCCCAUCGAAUUAUAUCUUCUAGAUAGAUAAUAGUGACGACUUUCUACUUUGUAUUUGCUUCCCUUUAUGCAUCGAUCCGAAAUGUUUCUUUAAAAAAAGUCGGAAGAUGGAAUCGCAUUUUUCCGGUCUUUAUGGUUCCGAAAUUGGGAGGAAAUUUCAGCAUUCUUAAGAAUUUCCUUUGUUGAAAAAUUAUAAAGACGUCCAUUGAACCUGAAAAUAUAUUUUAACGACUUGCAUGAAAGAUGGUUAAGGGGCAAAGAAAAUUCAUCAAAGAAUCUGGUUCAGGUCGUAAUGGGCUGUGGAGUUUUCCAUGGCUUUUUGAAUGAAACCCACGACCCCGCUGGAAAAUUCAUCAAACAUUCCGCUGACAUAAUAUCAAUCCGCUUCCAUAAACCAUUCAAUUAUCCGACGUGCUACGAUAAGAACUAGGAAUCUGACAGAGAGCUCACAACUAAGUACGCUUUUAGUCGCCACUUACAGAAACUGCCUAUAUAAUAUUUGUAUUGAACACUAUCGACCGAAAAAAGCGAAAACGAAAUCUGAGCAAACCACAAAAUCCGCACGAAUUUAGCCCAACUAUUCAGCAUUUCAUCAAAUAAAACUACUCAAAAGUUCGUUUUCCAAAUCAAUUUCCAUUCGAAUAAGCAACUUUCUUACUUAAGAAAAUAGAAGUUCAUCGAAGUAAAUCGCAUCUUUUUUAAGAGGAAAACAGUAAAAAUUAAUUUUAAGCAAACAUUUUGAAAAUGAAAGAAAAAACACGACAAAGUUUCAGAUACUGAAAUCAAUACCUAAGACUAGUUUUUAAAUGAAAAUGAAACACGACAUCAACAAGCAAAACAACUUUAAAAAAUUAAAUGAAUCUAAUUACUAAGAAAACGUAAAAGUACUCUGGUUAAGAUGAAGAAGAAAAGAUAAAAAUGAUAAAUAAAUUAUGUAGAUGAAGUGAAUUUACAAGUGAAUGAUGCUGAUAAUGGUAUUUGACUACAUUACACACACGUACUUUAAAACAACAGAAAAUAUUAUACAUUAAUAAUGGAAAGUGAAAAGAAAAACAACAAAAAUAAUGAUGAAUAUUAUUAUGAUUAAAUUCAGGGAUGAAAGUUGAUUGGAUGCAUGUAUGGAUAUUAUAUAUGAUACGAUAUUAACUGUAUACAUUUUUGUUCAAUCUGUACAUUUUUUUGUAAUUAUUUUACAAAUCUUUUGUGAAUAUAUAUUCAUUUUUGAAUAAUUUGUAAAG